CACAAGUUUCAUUCCUCUCCUUCAAAAAAAGAAAAAACCCUAAAAGAAAUCAUUUGACGGCGCCUCUCCCCACUCUACAACCAUGCCGCCUAAGUUGGACCCAAGCCAGAUCGUCGACGUCUACGUCCGUGUAACCGGAGGAGAAGUCGGAGCCGCCAGUUCCCUCGCUCCCAAGAUCGGUCCCCUCGGUCUCGCCCCCAAGAAGAUCGGAGAAGACAUCGCCAAAGAGACCGCCAAGGAGUGGAAAGGGCUCCGCGUCACCGUCAAGCUAACGGUUCAGAAUCGUCAGGCUAAGGUCACGGUGGUUCCAUCUGCUGCGGCGCUUGUCAUCAAGGCCUUGAAGGAGCCGGAGAGGGACCGCAAGAAGGUGAAGAACAUCAAGCACAAUGGUAACAUUUCGUUUGAUGAUGUGAUUGAGAUUGCUAGGAUCAUGAGGCCUAGAUCUAUUGCCAAGGAGCUUAGUGGGACUGUGAGGGAGAUUCUUGGGACCUGUGUCUCUGUUGGGUGCACUGUUGAUGGGAAGGACCCCAAGGAUCUUCAGCAGGAGAUUCAAGAGGGUGAGAUUGAUAUUCCUGAGAACUAAGUAAACGAAAAAAAUGUUGUCUUUUUUUGAUUUAUUUCAAUUAGAAUGACUCAGUUUUGGAUUUGUUGUUGCGUUUUCUUGUUUCUGUUUCAAGAACCAUGAUGAGUUUAUCAAUCUCAGUGUCUUGAAUCUAUCUUUGGUUGAUGAUCAGAAUGUAUGAUUGAUUUGGUCUUUCUAUGCUAUUGCUUUGAUCUG